AAGAUGCCAUGGUUCGCACCAGAUGAGGCUAAAUAUCCUGCCUCCUCACUCUCAACUCCAUCGGUUUUCCCUGACUCCAACUGAGAGGGCAGUAGCUGCUUUACCUGCAAUCCCGGUACCCAAACCUCAUCCUUGGUCACCAUGACAUCCAUCUCGACUGCCAUCGACGCUCCUGGCUCUCUCCAGGAGAAGAGUCAGGCAGACUUUGCCAAAGAACUCGAUCGAGUUGACUCCAGCAAAGAACAAUCGACGUCGGUCGAAUCCCUCGACCCGGUUGCCGAACAAAAACUCCUCGUGAAGCUCGAUGCCUUCUUUGUCCCCAUCAUCAUGCUCGUCUACCUCACCUGCUUCCUCGACCGAACGAAUAUCGGAAACGUCAAGGUCGCCGGAAUGCCCGAGGACAUCGGCGCCUCGCCACAGGAAUUCUCGACCGCAGUGUCUAUUUUCUACGCCACCUAUGUCGCCUUUGAGCCCCCGUGGACCAUCAUGAUGAAGUGGAUGACACCGCGGAUCAUGCUCACGAGUCUGUGCAUUGUUUGGUCCAUCGCGACAAUCUUCUCCGGCUUUAUCCAGAGUAUCGGAGGGCUGUACGCUGCGCGUCUGGUGCUUGGCGCAUGCGAAGCCGGCCUGUUCCCUGCCCUCAACUUGUACUUGACCAUGGUGUAUAAACGAGAAGAGCAAGCCAAGAGAGUGUCUUACUUGUUUGUAUGCACUGCUAUUGCAGGUGCCUUUGGUGGGCUGCUUGCAUACGCUCUGCUCAAGAUGGACGGUGUUGCUGGCUACGCCGGCUGGCGAUGGGUUUACAUUAUUGAGGGCAUUUUCAGCAUCCUCGUUGCGCCCGUCAUCUGGUUCCUACUGCCGAAUGAUCCCUCGAAUGCCUAUUUCCUCACCGACGAGGAGAAGCGAAUGAUGAAGGUGCGCGCAGCACAGCGGGCCCAGUACAUGGGCAGCGAAGAUUUCAGCUGGACGGAGAUCAAGAUUGCGCUGAAGGAUCCGAAGCUCUAUCUCAGUGGCCUCAUUCAAUUCUGCCAAGACAUUCUCCUCUACGGAUUCAGCACUUUCCUGCCCUCCAUCAUCGUCAGCAUGGGGUACACCAAGCUUGAGGCCCAGUAUCUCAGCAUUCCCGUCUACAUCUUUGGUGGCAUAUGUUUCCUAGCCGUCGCUUACGUCUCUGAUCGUCUAUGCAUCCGCGGCCCAUUCAUUCUCUUGACCAACAUCCCCGGCAUUAUUGGCUACAUUUUGAUGCUAGCCCCCACCAGCAACGGAGUCAAGUUCUUCGGAACGUUCCUCUGCGCUGUCUCGGUUUACAAUGGCCCUGGACUCAACCUUACUUGGCUCAACGUUAAUGUUGCUCCCCACUACAGACGUGCGACAGCCAUUGGCGUCCAGCUUAGUAUGGGAAACUCUGCUGGCAUUGUCGCUGGCCAGAUUUACAGGACGGCCCCAUACACACUUGGAAAUAGCUUCUCUGUUGGUGCAAUUGGUGCAGCUCAAUUGCUGGUUGCUAUCAAAUGGUUAUACAUUCGCUGGUGCAAUGAGAAGAAGAGGAAGAUUGCGAACGGAGAUAUGGACGACAACAGGAAGGUCAAGACUGGUGACUGGGAGCUGGACUUCAAGUACCAUCUUUAAGCGCAGACUUUGUUGACUGGUUCGAUUUUUCAGUUGGAGGAGGGAAAACGUAGGCUCUUGUUCAAGAAGUCAACGGGCGGGGGCUGUUGUCUCUAUUGUUGUGGUUGGGGUAAAAUUUGUAGUUAUCGCUGUAGUCUUAGGCCGCUUUUACAUGCAAAUAUAAUCUGCCAUCUAGGUC